AUGCCGGUUCCUGAAGAUAUUACUCUGGAGUCACGUGAUAAUCCUCUUAUUCGGGAUGAGAGGAAUUACAAUCGCGAAACUCUUAGAGUUAGAAACGAGCAGAUGUUAGCCACUGUAACCAGCGAACAGAGAAGUGUUUAUGAUGAGAUCCUAGAAGCAGUAAAUAAGAACAAAGGAGGUAUGUUCUUUGUUUGUGGUUCUGGAGGUACUGGUAAAAAUUAUUUGUGGAGUCUAUUAGGCUCUGCUCUACGUUCCCAAGGUGAUGUUGUUCUUAAGGUUGCAUCGAGCGGGAUUGCUGCGUUGUUAUUAGAAGGAGGACGAACUGCGCAUUCAAGAUUUGCAAUCCCUAUCGUGGUUAAUAAGUUUACCUUCUGUUCAAUCAAGAAGGAGUCGAAUCUUGCCGACCUGAUAAGGAUUGCUAAACUCAUUAUAUGGGAUGAGGCGUUGAUGAUGAGUAAAGACUGUUUCGAGACUCUAGAUAGAACGAUGCGUGAUAUAUUAGAAGUUGAUAAGCCCUUUGGUGACAAGGUCAUUGUUUUAGGAGGGGAUUUCAGGAAAAUAUUGCCAGUGAUUCCAAAUGCCGGGAAGACAGAGAUAUUUAUGGCCACUUUGAAUUUGUCACCUCUGUGGUACAAAUGUAGAGUGUUGAGACUUACACAGAACAUGCGACUUAUAGCUGGAGAUAAUAGCCGUGCGAUGCUUGAACGAGCUGCCUUUACAAAGUGGAUCUUAGACAUUGGUGAUGGAACGAUAAAUGACGAUGGAAGUGGUGAAGCCGUGAUUGAUAUUCCUGAUGAUCUGUUGAUUAAAGACUGUAAAGAUCCUAUAAAAACGAUCGUCAAGGAAAUUUAUGGGAGUUCGUUUUCGAAAGAGACUGAUCCUAAAUUUUUCAAAGACCGUGCCAUACUGAGUCCAGAAACGAUGAUGUAG